AUGUUUGUUGUCUGGUCUGUAUGCGUCUCUUUAGUGUUGAUUUUAUGGGGAACGUCUGAGAAAGUCCAGGGAAAAGCAUCUAAACUGUGGCUGCAGCCGCUGAACGAGACGUUCCUGCAGACUGGUGAGUUGCCCAGUGGGUUUCUGUGGGGCGUCGGGUCUGCGGCGUUCCCGACCGAAGGGUCCUGGGAUGCGGAUGGGAAAGGCGAGUCUGUUUGGGAUCGCUUUACCCGUCACACAGAUCCGUCCAGCAAUAGCUACAUCCAAUGGGAGGAGGAUCUGGAGUCAGUUCGGUAUCUAGGUGUGAACUUCUACGCCUUUUCUUUAUCCUGGACACGGAUUUUCCCAGACGGAAACGCGAAGGCGCAUCCCAACCCGGCCGGAGUGCAGCAUUACCGCCGCUUGAUCGGGAAGCUGAAGGAGCUUCAGGUGGAGCCAGUCGUGACUCUGUUUCACUGGGAUUUGCCGCAGGUCCUGCAGGAGCGCUUCGGAGGCUGGCUCAACCGAAGCACGGCGGAUGUUUUCGCAGAUUACGCUGCGUUUUGUUUCCGAACGUUCGGAGCCGAGGUCCGCUACUGGAUUACGAUGCAUAACCCGUUUCUCCUGGCCGUCCAGGGCUAUGGGACCGGCGCUCACGCUCCCGGAGAGACCGGAGACCCCGCUGACCCCUUCAUCGCCGCACACAACCUCCUCAGGGCUCAUGCGAAAGCCUGGCAUCUUUACGACAAACACUUCCGCCGCCAUCAGCACGGUAAUGUCUCCAUCACGCUCGGCUCUCAUUGGGUGGAGCCUCUUCACGGCCAGGCCACGCCCACUAAUCUGGAGCUCUGUCAGAAGGCCAUGGAGGCUGUGAUUGGCUGGUUCGCCGAGCCCAUAUAUGGAAGCGGAGAUUACCCCGAGUCGCUGAAGGCCUCGCACCGCGGCGUAAUCCCAGAGUUUAGUGCGCAGGAGCGGCUCUGGAUCAAGGGCACCGCAGACUUCUUCUCUCUGGCCUUUGGGCCCGAGAUGCUGAGGGUGGGCCAAGGACUGGCGCGGUUCGGGCAGACGGUGAAGCUGGACCUGAGGAGCGUUCUGGUCUGGGUUCAGCAGACCUACAGUGAUCCACAGCUGCUGCUGGCAGAGAGCAGCUGGUUCUCUGACGCUUCUGUCGGAGUCCAGGACACAAAGGCCAUUUAUCUGAUGAAGAGGUUCAUCAUGCAAGUCAUGCAAGCUGUUUCUGUAGACGGAGUGCGUGUGUUUGGAUACACGGCCUGGACUCUGCUGGAUGGGUUCGAGUGGAAUCACGGUUACAGCAUACGGAGAGGUUUAUUCUACAUCGACUUCAGUGAACCUGAGCGCCGCAGGCUCCCGAAGACCAGUGCUCACUUCUACAGACGACUGGUCCGAGACAACGGCUUCCCGGCCGAAAACACGCCGCACAUCGAGGGACGAUUCCCCUGUGACUUCCAGUUCGGUGUGUCCGAGUCAGUAUUACAGGUGCAUCUGCGUCCAUUCUCGCCGCAGUUCACCGAUCCGCAGCUGUACCGCUGGAACCUGUCGGGUGACGGCACUCUCUCGCCCGUGAUGGGCAUCUUGCUCCACACACGGCCGGUGCAGUGCACCGACUUCCUGUUCAUCCAGCGGCACCUCUUCCUGCUGGGGGUCACGGGGUCGGCGCACUACCGCUUCGCCCUGGACUGGACGCAGCUCUCGCCCGGUGGUGACCCGGAGAAGGUUCGCUUCUACCGCUGUGUGCUGAUGGAGCUCCAGCGCAGAGGGAUCCGGCCAGUCGUGACGCUGUAUCACCCCAGCUAUCGCUCGCCUUCGCUGGGUUUGCCCGAAGCGCUGCAUGCUGACGGCGGAUGGAGGAACGCUAGCGCUGUGGAAGCAUUCGUUAGCUAUGCUGCAUUCUGCUUUCACAAAUUUGGAGAAUUUGUUUCGACGUGGAUCACUGUCAAUGAGCCGAAUCGGUUAACGGAAGCGUAUACAGAAGACCGGAAAACUGUUGUGCGGAAUUUGCUAUUAGCGCACGCAAAAGCGUGGCGUAUUUACGAUGAACGGUUUCGACAGAAACAGGGUGGAGCUGUUAGUUUGGCUAUCCAUGCUGAUUGGGUGGAACCGGCCAAUCCAUUUUUAGAAUCUCACAAAUCUGCCCAGCAACAGUUUUUGGCGUUCGAAGUGGGGCGUUUUCUCGACCCUCUGAUUGGGAAUGAGGGGCGUGGCAAUGGCUUCUCCAAGGCCGAGAGGGCGGAGCUUAAAGGGGCGCUGGAUUUCAUCGCUCUCAAUCACUUCACGACGCGUUUGGUGGCGCCAUGGGAAAACGUGAAGCCGCAGAAGCCGGAGCACGGUUGUGCGCUGAUGACAGACAUCACCUGGCCGGCAUCGCACCUGAGGCAGGCGCUCGUGCCCUGGGGCCUCCGCAAGAUGCUGGGAUGGGUGAGGGAUCGCUAUGGCGACCGCCUCCCCAUCAUUGUCAUGGCAACAGGGGUGGACGAUCAAGCGGUUCAUGAUGACCAGCUGAGACAGAGCUAUAUCAGGAGCUACCUGCAGGAGGCGCUAAAAGCUCGAGAGUUGGACGGCGUCAAUCUGAGAGGGUUUUAUAUCUGGAAGCUUCAGGACCAUCAUGAUCUUCAGUUCGGUCUCUUCAGCUCCGCUGCUCAUCACUCUCAACCCAAAGCGUCCAUCAGUCUGUACCGCGACAUCAUCAGCCACCGCGGCUUUCCGUCCGCCGCUGACCUGCGACCUUUGACCUGCAGGGACGCGGACAACGGGACAAGCUGCGAACUCUGCACACGCAUCGCGGAGAACAAACCACUGCUGUUCUUCAGCGUCUGCGUGUCCAUCAGCGCCUCCAUGCUCUGCGUGCUUGUCAUCAUCUCUGUGGUGAGGAAGAGGAGGAGGAAGAGGAGGAGAACGCCGAUUAACGUCGGGCCGCAGAGACUCAGAGUCCAGCAGAGGUUCCCCAUGAUGAAGGUUGCACAGGGCUCCUGCGCAAUUAAACCUUAA